CGCUCCUCCUCUGUCACAUGUGCACAGCUGCGUGACGCGCAUCGGCCAUUUUGAGUUGUUUGUUCAGCGAGGAGCGCUUGUUAUUUUCCAGACAAACGCAGAUCAAAGGGCCGAAACAGUCGAAAGAAUCGCUCGAAAGACAUUUCACCCUUUCCUUCCAUCAUUAUGGGUCCACCGCGAUGCAGAUGCCGCCGUCUGUUACCUGAGAGAACGGAGGACUUCGGUCGGUUUGUCAGUUUAUCUUGACAUGGCAUACACGGGUGUGUGACGACUGUGGAAAAGCUCGAAAACAAACGGGAGAUCAUCAAGCUAAACCUCCGCCGAGGAUCGGUCCAUCCGGGGCGGGUUUUUGCACUGAGCUCGGUGUUUUAAAACGUGUUAGGAUUGUUUUGCAGUACUUGCUCGAAUCGCAACGGGCUUGGAAGUCAACUCGAGAGAAAAAAAAUGACGAGAAACAAUAGUUAGCCAGUUAGCCAGCCACGCAUUGAAGCCAGUCUUUGCUAGCAUCGCGAUAACAAACAGAAAACAGGCAAAAAACCAAAAUGUAACAGUCGGUUUAUUGAUGAAUACUAGCUUUGGAUGCUGUCCUAGAUCUCAUACUGGAUAAAAAAAAAAAAGAGAUGUAGCUCCCUUCAACUAGGUUAUUAGUCGGUGGCGAGUGUGUGUAUUCAGCUUAGCUAGCAUUAGUUUGCUAGCCAGCCACAAAAUAAAAGCCUCACAAUGAAACUCAACCGUGGCAGGAGAGCUCGAGGGCCCAUUUUAUGCCCUUAAAUCCCAAGAUGUCCAGCAAACUCUGUGUUCUUACUCAGUGCCAAGAUCUCAUGGCAUCUGCAUUUCUCUGCCAUGGUUGUCUUUCUCACCUGUCAUUCAGAUGUGCUUUUAUGAGACCGUUUAUUCAAAGACAUGGAUACAAGCAAGAGUCAAUCCUGGAAGAGACUUUCCAAAGUCAAAUCUCUUGGUCAGCUUUUUAGAUAACUUUAAACAAGAUUUAUUUAUCUAAAGACAGGGAUCUGUCCCCUCACGCACGGACGCAAACACAAAACUGUAGGUAUGGGCUUUCAGUGUAGCAGGCAUUUGUGUUUUCUGUCCUUUAUUCAGUGAUACAGCACAGUUUCUCAUAUAAAAAAAAAUCCUAAUUGAUCAGGUCGUGUUAUAUGAGUGGUUUCUUUUAGUUUACACUUAGCCUUGGCUUGAUUGUUUGCUUUAAAAAUGGUGUAACACAUCAAAACUUAGAUAAGUGCAAACUUACUUGGCCCAAGUGCACUACCCAUAUUGAUUAAAAAUGACUUGAUUUGGUUUUGCUAACUUUGUUCGUUAAUUCAAAUUAGUAUGUACUGCAGGUAGUGCUUGGUUAUAGCUUUAGUUUUUAAAAGGGUUUGUAAACCACAUAGUCUACUGUCAAGGAAAUAAAAAGCGUAAAAAAAAAGUCUGCUUAAGGAAAAUAGUACUGUCCGUAACAAUGGGAGACCCAAAUUCUCGCCGGAAUCAAGCAAGAAACCGACUCCGCGCCCAGCUACGGAAGAAACGAGAAUCUUUGGCCGAUCAGUUUGACUUCAAGAUCUACAUUGCCUUUGUAUUUAAGGAAAAGAAAAAGAAGUCUGCACUCUUCGAAGUAGCUGAGGUGGUACCAGUGAUGACCAACAACUAUGAGGAAAAUAUCCUUAAAGGCGUGAAGGAUUCGAGCUACUCAUUAGAGAGUUCUUUAGAGCUUCUCCAGAAAGAUGUGGUGCAGUUGCACGCGCCUCGUUACCAGUCGAUGCGUAGAGAUGUGAUAGGUUGUACCCAGGAGAUGGACUUUAUCCUUUGGCCCCGCAAUGAUAUUGAGAAGAUUGUCUGUCUCCUGUUCUCCAGAUGGAAAGGGGCUGAACAUGAACCAUUCAGGCCUGUUCAGGCCAAGUUCGAGUUUCAUCAUGGAGACUAUGAAAAGCAGUUUUUGCAUGCUGUUGGUCGGAAGGACAAGGCUGGGAUGGUUAUGAACAACCCCAAUCAGUCUGUCUUUCUCUUUGUGGACAGACAGCACUUACAGACUCCAAAAACCAAGCUCACAGUUUUCAAGUUGUGCAGCCUCUGUCUCUACCUGCCACAGGAUCAGCUCACCUGUUGGGGGGUUGGAGACAUCGAGGACCACCUCCGUCCAUACAUGCCUGACUAGGAGAAACGCACGGAAGACACCCCUCGAGGCCUCGAAGCAAGUUGACCUUAUCUACACAUCCCUCAGUUGAAUAGAUAUGAACUUGUGCUUGGAACUCUCCUUUUUGUUAACCACUCAUUUUCAUCGUGAGAUUUAAUUUAGCUCUUUUUUUUUUUUUUUUUUUUUUUUGUUUAAU